UUUUUUUAGGAAAGGAUGCGAAAGUUCGUAUCGCGAGAAAACCCGAGAACAUGGAAGCAAGACAACAAAAAUAAAUUUGUGGUCAACAAGCCAGAGUGCAUGAUGGCGGCGUCGCUGGUUCGCCGGGACAAGAAAGCUACUGCCACCCGCUUGACGGCAGACUUAAAUCGCACUGACAAUAGUUCCGGGGUGCGACAACUUCAGGAGCUGCUCGACGCUGUGCUAAAUCCCGAAAAUCCAGCGGCGGACACAGAGGCUCUUGGCUGGUGUAAAUGUCUAAUUGCAGGAGGCGAAGGUUUUGAGGAUUUCUGCAAAACGGUCCGGUCCUAUGACAACGCGACUCUGUGCGGCUUGGUUUGGACGGCUAAUUUCGUGGCAUAUCGCUGCAGGACCUGUGGCAUUUCCCCGUGUAUGUCACUGUGUGCUGAGUGUUUCAAUAAUGGAGAUCACACGGGCCAUGAUUUCAACAUGUUCAGGAGCCAGGCUGGUGGGGCCUGUGACUGUGGAGACAGUAAUGUCAUGCGAGAGACUGGGUUUUGCAGACGGCAUCGGUUGAGAACGGGGGAAAAUAUCCCCCCAAUACCUCGAGACCUUCUUCUGAUGUCGGAGAUGGUUCUUCCUCGCUUUAUCCUGUGUAUCAUACAGUAUCUGAGAGAUGGAUACAUUGAACCAGACAUCUCAACUGAGAGGGAUCUACAGAAAGUCCUGCAGCAGCUGGAACCUCAGAUAUCCUUCUUGGAAGAACUCACAAAGAUGGGAUGUGCAAUGAGGACGGUACUGACAAAGAUCUUGACCAAUCAGCAAACAUUCAAGGACUUGAGCAUGGGCCAAGAGGAGAAUGUGUAUGCUAAAAGAAACUAUAACAAGUAUUUGUCAGCCUUGAAAAACUCAGGCCUGGUUUCUGUGGAAGAGAAAUCCAACGGUGCUGCUUCUGCUGAUGUUACUGUUGGUGCUGAAGGAGGUGCAGAAGCAGUGGUCCUAUUGGGAACCACCCCACCAGGGAGUCCAGUUGAGGCUAAUAAGGAGGAGGACCAAGACACAGGGCAGUCUGUUGGACAGAGGAAGAGGGUUAAGCUGAGCAGCAAUACCAAAGACCCGUGUAUUAUUGAAUCUCUGAAGCAUAAAUGCUUUCUGGAGGAGUUGCUGUUUUGGACAAUAAAAUACGAGUUUCCCCAGAAGAUGGUCACCUUCCUACUGAACAUGUUGCCAGAUCAAGACUACAAGAUCACUUUUACAAAAACAUUUGUUCAACAUUAUGCAUUCAUCAUGAAAACACUGAUGAAAAGCCACGAGUCAGAUACCAUGUCCAACCGCAUUGUACAUAUUAGUGUGCAGCUGUUUAGCAACGAGGAGCUGGCUCGACAUGUGACAGAGGAGUGUCAGCUGCUGGACAUCAUGGUCACAGUCCUUCUCUACAUGAUGGAGAGUUGCCUUAUUAAAAGUGAACUUCAGGAUGAAGAGAACAGUCGCCAUGUUGUGGUGAACUGCAGUGAGGCUCUGUUGAAGAACAACACCUACUGGCCAUUAGUUAGUGAUUUUAUUAACAUCCUCUCACACCAAAGUGUGGCGAAAAAGUUCCUUGAGGACCACUCAUUGUUGAUGCUGUGGAUGAGCUUUGUGUCAUUUUUCCAAGGUAUGAACCUGAAUAAGCGGGAGUUGAAUGAACACGUGGAAUUUGAGUCUCAGACAUACUAUGCAGCAUUUGCAGCGGAGCUUGAGGCCUGUGCACAACCAAUGUGGGGUCUCUUAACACACUGCAAAGUCAAAGAGACUCAGGAAUAUACUAAAACUGUGGUACGCUACUGUUUGGAGACCCUGCAGAUCUGGUUUGAUGCCAUUGGCUUCAUUGAUGAGCCUGCUCCAAAUCAAGUGACAUUUCACCUUCCACUGCAUCGCUACUACGCCAUGUUCCUCAGUAAGGCUGUGAAGUGCCAAGGCCUGGACCUGGACAGCCUACUGCCUGACCAAGAGAUGCUGAUGAAGAUCAUGGUGCAUCCACUCCAAAUCCAGGCUUGCCUGUCCGAAAUCCACAGCAACAUGUGGGUCAGGAAUGGUCUGCAGAUUAAGGGACAGGCUAUGACCUACGUGCAGUCACACUUCUGCAACUCCAUGAUUGACCCAGACAUCUAUCUGCUCCAGGUUUGUGCAUCAAGACUGGAUCCUGACUACUUCAUCUCAAGUGUUUUUGAAAGAUUUAAAGUGGUUGACCAGUUGACCAUGGCGUCUCAGCAUCAGAAUGCUGUCUUGGACUCUGAGCAGGAGAGGCCAAUGCUUGAAGGAGCGUUGACCUUCCUGGUCAUUUUGACAAGUCUUCGCGUUCAUUUGGGGAUGACAGAUGAUGAGAUCCUCCGUGCUGAGAUGGUCUCGCAGUUGUGUAUGAAUGACCGUACACACAGCGCACUGUUAGACCUUAUUCCUGAGAAUCCCAACCCAAAGAGUGGCAUUGUACCAGGGAGUUGUAGUUUUGAAGAGAUGCUCUCAGCUGUGGCUGACUUUAAAGCACCGGUGUUCGAGCCUGGAGGCUCCAUGCAGCAGGGCAUGUACACGCCAAAAGCGGAAGUGUGGGAGAAGGAGUUUGACCCCAUCAUGGUCGUUCUCAGAACGGUCUAUCGGCGUGACGUCCAGUCAGCAAUGGACAGAUACUCAGCAUUUUUAAAACAGUCUGGCCUUCACACCGGCAACCCAUGGCCACCUUAUAAGGAGAGGACUCCUCUUCAUCCAUGUUACAAAGGCCUAACAAAGCUGUUGCACUGCAAGACACUGCACAUUGUGAUAUUCACUCUUCUAUACAAGAUAUGGAUGGACCAUCAGAACAUGUCGGAGCAUGUGCUGUGCAUGGUGCUGUAUCUUAUUGAGCUUGGCUUGGAUAACCAGGUUCAAGACAACAAGGAGGACGAGGAGCCUUGCAUCGAGGAGCACUGCCAUGACAGCUGGUUCCCUGGCACAAACCUUCUGUCCAAUCUGCACCAUGUCAUCAACUUUGUGAGGGUUCGGGUUCCCGAGACGGCUCCUGAAUUGAAAAGGGAGGCCCCUCCCAGCACUAGCACUGAAGCUUCUUCCUAUGGCCAGAACUCCAGGCGUCUUACAGGAAAUUGGAGAGAGAACCUGCGUGAAGCUCAGGUGUUCAGCCUUGUAGCGGAGCGAAGGAGGAAGUUUCAAGAGAUAAUCAACCGCAGCAAUACUGAAGCCACCCAGGUUGUCAGGCCCAAGAGUUCCUCAACACGCUGGGUCCCACCAGGCACACCCCCUCAGCUGGUGACCGAGAUCUUGGAGAUCCGGGAGAGCAUGCUGUCUCUCCUCAUCAAGCUCCACCAGAAGUUGUCGUCCAAGCAGAACUAUCUGUCGGCAUCCUGGCUGGAAGAUAUGGACACGAGCCGUCACACUCAUGGCGAUGGCAUUACAGCCAUUGAACGCAUCCUAACUAAGGCAGCCACGCGCAGCUGCCAAAUCAAGCGUAGCAUCCAGGACAUUUGUGGAAAAGUGUGUCCUCCUGUCCCACCAAAGAAAAACAGUCCCACUGACAAGAAAACCAUGGAUAAAGAAGAGAGACGUCAGAGGGCUAGAGAGAGACAACAGAAGCUGCUUGCUGAAUUUGCCUCCAGGCAGAAGAGUUUCAUGGAAACAGCCAUGGAUGUUGAAUCUCCUGACACGGAGGCAGCCAUGGACCUAGGAGCGUCUGAAGUGAUGGAGCCCGAGGUUCUUUACGACUGUGUGAUCUGUGGCCAGAGCGGACCCUCCACUGAGGACAGACCCACUGGCCUCGUAGUUCUCCUCCAAGCAUCCUCAGUGCUCGGGCACCGCUGCAAAAGCAAAGAGGCUAAGAAGCUUCCUACUAGUGAUGAAGAGCACAUCUACGCUGCAGACACGUGUGGAGUGGCUCAUGAUGUCAGGCUCACGCUCAUGCAACAGUUCUUCAAAGAUAGCUCUUGUCUGCAGUCUGUGUCAAUAGGUUGGGAUGGGGGCGUCUAUGUUCAAACCUGUGGACACACUUUGCAUAUAGAUUGUCACAAGUCAUACAUGGAGUCUCUGAGGAAUGACCAGGUCCUCCAGGGUUUCUCUGUUGACAAGGGUGAAUUCACGUGCCCACUGUGUCGACAGUUUGCCAAUAGUGUCCUUCCCUGUCGCCCUGGGCGGGAGACAGAGGCUGGGGCCUGGCACACACCCACAAACAAAAAGACAUUUGUGCUUGUGAAGGAGGUGGAAGAUCUUCAGGAGAAACUUGGCCUCUUCCCAACAGAAUCCAACUUGAGUAAAGAGAUGGAGCUGGUUAUUAAAGACAUCAAGAAUACCACCCAGAAGAAAUACAUGGACUACGGCAAGAACCCUGGCUCCCCUGACAAUGAUUUCCUCUUCAUGUACUCUGUGGCAAGGACAAACUUGGAGUUGGAACUUGUGCACCGGGGAGGAAACUUGUGUUCUGGAGGUCCCAGUGCAGCCGCCAAACGCUCAUGUCUCAGUAAGUUGUUACUCCUAGACAUCCUUAUUUUUCAUAGUAAUAACAUUUCUCCUCACAAUCUUAUAACUUCGCAAUGUGUAAGUCUGAUACGCAUCUAUAUACAGUACCUUGUGAUUAAUGAAAAGCAAUGUUGCAUGUUUUGCAGUGGCUUUGAUGAAAAGAGACCUGAAGUACCCAUGCUGUUUCGUGAUGUCCCAUCCCUCCUGAUUAUCUUUGUGCUAACCAUGCCACAGCCUCUGCGAAAAGAGCACUUUGCCUGUGUGGUGAAGAUGCUGUACAACCUGCAGUUCACCCAGGCUCUGGCUGCACUUUCAACCAAGUUCAGCCCAGAAGAAAGGCAGGCAUGGAGCACAUCUGGAGCACUCAAGAAGAAUGCUGCAAAUGCUGAGACAUCUUUUGAAGCGCUGCUAAGUCACGUUAUCAGUGAGCUCUCGAAGGGCAACAGUAUCUACAAGGCGAACGCUGAAGAAACAUUAAUGCUGAUCUCCAGUGUGUGGUCUCCACAAUCUAUUGAGUUUAGCCUUCAACAGUUCUGCCUGCCCUUCCUGCGUCUCUCCUGCCUCCUGCAGCAUCAUCUCUACGGAGACAACCUAACUAGCUGUCUGGAGGAGGAGGAGUUCUCGUCCUUGGCUGUGUGUUUGGGGCUCUUAUCCUCGGCCCCGCCCUCCAACACUGUGCACAGUGCCUCAUGCCUGAAGUGGGCAGUCAGUACCUUUGACUUGGUGUCACAGUGGUGCACUGAGGUCACAGGGCUCUUUCAGAUGCAAGCUGAGCAAUCAUUGACCUUGCUUCUCCAGGAACCUCAGUGGGCUUCCCCCCGCCUUCUCCAGCUACCUGACAACUACAAUAUCAUCUUCCAGUACUAUCACAGGAAGGCCUGCACUGCCUGCAAAAAGGUGCCAAAAGACCCCGCACUCUGCCUUGUUUGUGGCGCCUUCGUCUGUCUCAAAGGCGUGUGCUGCAAACAGCAGGGUAUCUGUGAAUGUGUUUUGCACUCCCAACAUUGUGGCGCAGCUACAGGCAUCUUUCUACUAAUAAAUGCCUCAGUCAUCAUCAUCAUCCGUGGACAUCGUUUUUGUCUGUGGGGUUCUGUUUACCUUGACGCCCACGGAGAGGAGGAUCGUGAUUUACGCCGUGGCAAGCCUCUCUUCUUAUGUGAAGAGAGGUAUCGAGUGUUGGAGCAACAGUGGGUUUCACACACCUUUGAUCACAUCAAUAAGCGUUGGGGGCCUCACUAUAAUGGACUCUAAGAUCUUCCAAAGUCCACUGAAAACACCAACCUGUGACGGAGAAGAUUCAUUUUUUUCUGUCUUAUGUGUCUGCCUCCAAUAAAAUAAAUGGGAACUCAUAACAUGAUAAACAAAAACAUCCCAGUGAGGGUAUUGCUGCCACAGCCUUGGUUUAUGUGAAGUUUGGUGUACAAUCAUGCCUAAAGAUUAACACGUGUGUGUGUUUAAGUGAUUUAUUGUGUGGUUUUCAAUAGGGAAAAACCGAAUUCUGUAAGAUCAAAGUAAAAAGCACAACUUUGCCCUGAAAUUCAAUUGGUGUAGAACAGGUUUUUUGAAGCCUGUCAUAUUUAUUUGGGUUAACAAUAUAUAUUAUAUCUCAAAUGUUGAAUGUCCCUGCAAAGUUUGAUUACUAUUUGCAACAUGUCCGAUGAUGUUGAUGCAUAUCCCUUUUAUUUAUCCAAAUGUGCUCUGCUGUGCUGGCAUGAGUUUCAAGCUCCUGAUGAGUGUAGCGGUGAUAUUGCAAUGUGCACUCAAUGUCUGCUGACAUGUGAGGGUAGGCGGGACAAGACCACCCAUCAACACACUAGAGUUUUUUUGCAGACACGCAAAGGCUCUUUUUAAUGGGUCUAGUUGCAAUCCAUCCUCAGGAAUUUUCUUUUUUUUUUGCUGUUUAAAAUGUUUUAGAUAUUUAAAUAAAUGCUGCUGCUCAUUGUUCAAGUAAGUAAUUUUAACUUUUGUGACAAGUUCCUUUUUCUAUGGUUGUGCUUUGAGUUUAUGGUAGAUGGCUUGGAAUGUUGACUCAAACUCCCUUUGUUCAAUGAGUUAUGCGGUCACCUCAUUACGCUCACUACAGUUAUUGUAGUCCUGCCCUAACGCAUAGAGCUUCUUGUUUCUGGUUUGUUCUGAAGAAAGCUAAUGCUAACUCUAACAGCUAAAGCUAGAACCGGUCUAUGAGGGUCAUUGUCAUUGCUCUACAGAAACCUGAAGUCAAACAGAAUUUAAAGUAGCAGACAUUUUUAAGAAAAUGUCAUUGCACAGAUAUGAUGUCCUGCUGCACGGGCAAAACUGAACACUAUAUGAGAGCAGAAAUAUAAUAUUUGUUCUGUCAAAGGUUUCUCUCAAGAGAUGAAACUAUGAAAUUCAAUGAAAUGUGAGUUGCUUUUGAGAAGAAAUGUCAAUACUCCUGAUGCGUUUGAGCUGUCAAAAGUUUUUUUUUCUUUUUAUGCUUUUGAAUGUCUACUGCCGAGUCCUAACUGAAGUACAGAGCAUUUAUUUUGAUGACUAUCCCUAACUCGUGCAUCAUCCGGUUGUGAUUAAUAGUUGCAUUCCAACAUAACAAGAUUAUCAGACUUGAGUAUCCGUUAUACACUGUGCAUGACAUCCUUUAAGCCACCAUUAUUUAAGUGUCUUAGCUACUUCAUUUUCUGAUUAUCAUCUUUUUUUCUGGUAGAGAGGAAAUGUAUCCAGUCGUGCCUGCAAGAUAAAUGUUUUUGAGUGAUAAACAGCUCACCGCUGAUAUCCCUGACAUCUGGCUUUAGAAUUCUGGGCCACACAGGAAUUUUUAAAGGAACAAGUUAACACUUAAAAAACCUUUCUCUUGAAUUCAUGCAUGCUGCUUUUCUGUUUACCAAGUUUCUCCCCUCUUCUUUGUUUUACAGUACCCACGUUGUAAAUGACCGCAAGCAAAUAGCCAAUGAGUAAUGGGUGUAAAUUGUAACUGAAAGCUCUUGUGUGUUCGGAGGAGAGAAUACAGUACAUUACUGUUGGUGCUGACUCAAACUUUCUGAGUUUGACCAGAAAGUAUGACUUGGACAUUUAAUGCAAAAUGUAACAUAUGUCAAUAAAAUAUAAACAC